AUGACACUCGGACUUGGAGCCCGCCUGCGAGCGACGUUGAGUUUGACCUCGUGGCUCAAGAAUCUCCUGCUCCGGCUCGCCUCGCCCUUUUCACGCCUGAGACUCGGUUCAGCAACAAAUGCUCUGCUCCAAACCAAGGCCUCUAUCUUUGGAUUUCGCCAUAGCUCCCCAAUAGACAACCAGCAUAUCAGAUUGCUACGCCUCUCAGUCUCAUCUCCCUGCCCCUCAACUUGUCCCGAGCUCUCAAUCGAGACGUUUUCCAUCACCGACUGCCCUCAAUAUUUUGCUCUGUCCUACACUUGGGGGCCCCCAGAGCCUUCCAUUACUCCAUACACCCUUUCCAAUCGCCGAAUCAUCAGGAUAGAUGGUCGCCCAUUUCUUGUGUUUCCUAAUUUAUUCGAUGCUCUCACUCACCUUAUCAGCGCGCGCCCCGGGCAGUACGUCUGGAUCGAUGGCAUCUGCAUCAACCAAGAUGACCUCGCCGAACGAGCUUCCCAGGUAUCCAUCAUGAACACAAUCUACGCCGGUGCCAUGGAGACUAUCAUCUGGCUGGGCCCUUCCAGUCCGGCCACCGAACGCGCACUGUCCAAGCUGGAGGAAAUGGCAACGAAUGCCGAGUCGCAGAUCAUGAAAUGGGGCGAGGAGCAGUCCUUCGGCGAUGCCUUCAUCGCUGACGACGCCCGCGCCCUGGAACGGAGCGGCCUCCCUCCCAUGACACGCAGCGACUGCCGCGUGUGGAUUAUCCAAGAAGUCGCCCUCUCGUCGAAUCCCACGAUUCUAAUCGGUCGCCGAUCCAUUCCUUGGUCUUCUCUGGGCAACGCUGCCCUGCUUGUCUUGGGGUCAAAUGCUAUCUCCGGUAUUAUGGCCUUUGGCUCAGGGGUUCAGGAUUUCAGCCUUGUUCAGGGCAUCGCCUUCGCCAGCAACCUGCAGAUUCUGAGGGAAUGGUGCCGCGGCGACGAGAGUCCGUUUCGAGAUGUCGUAACAAACCAUGACUUCUUGGCCGGCAUCGACAUCGAUGACCAUUCCCUCAGUGCUGCCUUGCUGAAAGUCCUCCUGAUCAGCAAAGGAUGCCAGUCGACAUGCCGGCAGGAUCGAGUAUAUGGCCUGCUGGGAAUCGUCAACCACAUCGCCCAGUGGACAAAUGCUCCCGUUCCUAGUCUGGAGAUCAACUACUCGUCUUCUCCCGACAAAGUCCUCACAGAUAUUGGCCUCUUCCUAUAUGACGAAACCAAGUCCCUUCACCUUCUGUCCCUCGCGGGAGAAGCGAGCAGGUCCCGAGUCCCGGCCACAACAAUCCCAAGCUGGAUCCCAUCCUUUGAAAUCGCCCACGUACCCAUCCUAGGCCCGAACUAUAAGAGAGUCUCCAUCUUCAAUGCCUCUGGCUCCUACACCGCGGGAUUCCAAGUGGACAAGGCUCAACAUCGUCUAAACGUCAAAGCUGCAAGCCCCAGUCUCGGCUCUAUCGAAGAACUAGGCGAGGUCUGGCCCGACCUUCUAGCCGGCAAGUUUCUCAACACCAUCACCAUUCUCCUGCAUUGCGGCGAGACGUACAAAUACACGAAUCAGCCUAUCGUCGAAACACUCUGGCGCACGCUCAUAAUGGACACCAAUCUCUUCGAGCGCCCCGCGCCCAGCGCGCUCUCCUCCUCCUUCAAAUCGUGGUUCCUGAUGCUCACCGUCACAGCCAUCCUCAAAGCAUUCAUCAAAACCCCGCGCUUUACACACGACGUCUUUGAUUCCCUCGAACCGCUCUUCGUCCUCUCCAACUCCCUCGAUUCCACACAUCUUCUACCGACCUCCGAUGAGAUGAUCCAUCUGCUCAGCCGCUUCGGUUGCUUCCCAGACCCAGCUGUACCGGUCAUGACCGAUCCAGAGAGGAACGAGUUCAUGGAGCGGCUAGGUCGCGAAGCUGCAUCCUACGAGGGCCUUCUAAGGGGGAUUCUCCCGUUCAGUCGGCGGCUGGCCAGGACGGUCAGGGGCUUGCUCUGUCUUGUUCCGCUCACGGCCAAGGUUGGCGACAGGGUCAUGAUAGUCAGGGGAUGUCCCACACCUCUGGUUAUGAGGAGAGUCCCAGAGGAGGAGGAUACCUUCCAUUUGGUAGGCGAUACGUACGUGCAUGGGGUCAUGUAUGGGGAACAUGUUGCAACAGAGAUAUGUUGGAGAGAUAUUGCCCUGAUUUGA